AUUCUUAUUUGAUUACUCACCACUAGACUCCACGAUUAAUAUCCUUAAAAUGAAGAAUUAGAGUCAAAUCGAGUAACUCAACUAACGUACAAUAUUUAUUAGCGACUAGUAAAUCUAUGAUUCAAAUCCCGUCAUUCUUAUUUAUUAAAACCAUGAUGUUGAGAUCUGAGGUAGAAGAAAAAAAAAGGGAAUCCAAAAGGCCACGUGGCAGUUUGUGCAAGACCAAUCAAAUGAUGAAACGGAUAAGCUUACCAUGAUCACCAACCAUGGCAAUCGCCAUCACCAAGAACACUCCAACGAAAUCGGAAACUCAGCAAUGAGUGUCGCCGUCGCAACAUCUCUGCUUUCUUACUCCGUCCAUUCCCCCCGUCGCCUCCGAUUAUUCAAGCCUAAACCAUCCUCCAUUUCCCUUUCAAUUUCCCCUCCUAAACCCACCCAAACCGGCGUCAUCAUCAUCGGAGCCGGUCUGGCCGGCUUGGCCGCCGCCACCCACCUCCGCUCCAAAAACAUCCCGUUCCUCCUCCUCGAAGCCUCCGACGGCGUCGGUGGCCGUGUCCGCACCGACCUUGUUGAUGGCUUCCUUCUGGACCGCGGCUUCCAAAUCUUCAUCACCGCAUACCCUGAAGCGCAAUCCCUCCUCAAUUACAAAUCCCUCCGCCUCCAAAAAUUCUACUCCGGCGCCCUUGUCUACUACGACCGCCAAUUCCACACAGUCGCCGACCCUUUGCGCCAUUUCAUUGACUCUCUUGGUUCUCUAUCCAAUCCAAUUGGCUCUGUUUCUGACAAAUUGCUCAUUGGGCUUACCAGAGCCAGAGUCCUUGCCAAGUCCGAUGAGGAAAUUUUCACAGCCGAUGAAGCUUCCACCAUGAAUUUUCUGAGGGAAAGAGGAUUUUCUGAUUCUAUAAUUUCCCGAUUCUUCCGGCCGUUUUUUGGUGGGAUUUUCUUCGAUACCCAAUUGGAAACUUCCUCCCGAUUGUUUAAUUUCAUUUUCAAAUGUCUUGCUCUAGGCGAUAAUACUCUUCCAGCCGACGGAAUCGGCGCAAUUCCUCAACAAUUGGCGGCGAAUCUCCCGCCGGAGACCAUUUUACUGAAUUCCAGAGUGGUCUCUGUCGAUUUCGACGAGAACUCCAAAUCGAAAUCGCCGAUUGUGAAGUUACAGAGUGGGGAAAUUAUAAGAUGCGAAAUGGGGGUGAUUGUGGCGGUGGAGGAACCGGAGGCGGAAAGAUUACUGGCUGGAAAACGGAAAAUGGGGAACCGGAAACCGCCUAGGAGCACGGUGUGUGUGUAUUUUACGGCAGAUCGAGACAGGAUUCCGGUGAAGGAACCGGUUCUGUUUCUGAAUGGGUCGGGGAAGGGGAUCGUGAACAAUAUGUUUUUUGCGACGAACGUGGCGCCGUCGUAUGGGCCGCCGGAGAAGGUGCUGGUGUCGGUGUCGUUGAUCGGGAAAUUUGAGGGUGUUGAAGAUGAGGAUCUGACGGCUGAGGUAAUUCGAGAGAUGUCAGAUUGGUUUGGGGAAUCGACGGUUGAGGGGUGGAAGCAUUUGAGGACGUAUAGGAUUGGAUUUGCACAGCCGAAUCAAUCUCCACCGUCAGAUUUGAUGAAAGAUCCAACGGUGGAGAGUGGGUUGUAUGUGUGCGGUGAUUAUUUGACAUCUGCCACAUUCGACGGUGCUUUGGUCUCCGGGAGGAAAGCGGUUGAAGCUUUGGUCAGGGACAGGGCUGUCAUUUAUGUUUGAGUUUUAAGAGAUCAACCCUUUUUUUUUAAUGUUUUAUUUAAAUUGUAUAAAGCAUCAUUUUUUGGGAAUUUUUUUUUUUUAUA